AGCCUAGAUGAAUAUGAAGAUGACGAAGCAGGACAGAAGGAACGAAAGAGGGAAGAUGCCCUUACCCAACAGAACACAAUACAGAAUGAGAGCUCCAGUGCAGAGGCAGCUGGCUCAUACUUAUUACAGGACUCCUCCCGGGUGUCUUCGAGCAGAUUUAAAAGCACACCUAAUGCACCAGAAGAUGAUGUUGCGAACAGAUAUUCUCGAACAGACAGGACAACAUACAGCAGAUACAGCAGGGAUGCAAAUUCUUCUGGGAAUUCUGUACCAASUAAUGCUUUGGAAAAAAGGAUUGAGGAACUUGAAAGAGAGCUUGCAAAKGAGAGACAGGAAAAUGUGAGAUUAAUGAAGAUUACGCAGGACAAAGAGGAACUGAUUGGGAAGCUGAAAGAAGAAAUUGAUUUAUUAAACAGAGACCUAGAUGAUAUAGAAGAUGAAAAUGAACAAUUGAAGCAAGAAAAUAAAACCCUGUUAAAAGUUGUAGGACAGCUGACAAGGUAGAAGAUUCAAGCCUCAAUGAGGAAAGAUUUUUAAAAACUACUGAUUGAAUGUUAAGGUCAAUAUAGUAAUACUUCCUGUGUUGCAGUAUGUGAAAAUAACUGUCU